AAUCAGAGGCCAAGUUUAUCAUAAAAUAGGCUCAUUGCUGCCAAUGCCAAACGAACCACAUAAAUUUUUACAAAUCUACUUUAUGGGCGGCGAGGACUCCGGAAGCGCACUAGCCAAUCGGGUGGAUGCACGUUGUGGCUACAAUAACCUUGAUUCAUUCUUUGCUAGACGCAUCGUCAGCGAGCUGGAUGCUCUAUUGAAUGAGCAUAAUGAAUUGUUGAAAAUAUUCAAAUCCCACAUGCACAAAUUAGAAAGCGAUAAUCACGCUAUUGUUAUUAAUCCUGAUAAAACACCAGCUGGAGAACACAUUCGUAGAUUCAAUGCACCUGUUGCUGACGACGUUGCUGGAAUCAUGGUUGGCGAUCGUACAGGUGCACGAGAAAUUGUGAUUCGUAGGAGAAAUAAUAAUCUUCAGUUCAUUGCUGAUACACACCGUUCAUAUGACGCUCUCCAAUAUCCGCUAAUCUUCUGAAAGGGACAAGACGGAUAUAGCAUAAAUAUUAAACAACGAGAUCCCGUAUCAGGAGCCGAAACAAACAAGAACAUUAGCUCGAAGGAUUAUUAUGCGUAUAGAUUGAUGAUUAGACGCGGGCUGGAUAACGUCAUUCUACGAUUUCGAGAGCUUUGUCAACAAUUCAUGGUCGACAUGUGCGCGAAGAUAGAAGGCAAACGACUACGAUACUUACGAUAUAAUCAACUCAAGCUACGUGUGGAAGAGUACAUUCACUUGCGAGACGCUAUUGUCAACAACGCCGACGCCGCCGAAAUUGGUAACUCUGUCAUUCUACCAUCAUCGUACGUAGGCAGUCCACGUCAUAUGCGAGAGUAUAUACAGGAUGCUCUGACUUUCGUGCGCAAAUAUGGGCGACCGUGUUCAUUUAUCACGUUCACAUGUAAUCCAAAAUGGCCAGAGAUUACAUCUUUGCUGUUGCCUGGCCAAAAUGCAAUACAUCGUCAUGACAUUACAGCACGUGUGUUUAGACAAAAGCUGAAGUCACUAAUAAAUUUUAUUACUAAAUCACAUGUAUUCGGUCCCACACGUUGCUGGAUGUGUUCGGUUGAGUGGCAAAAGCGAGGAUUACCUCAUGCCCACAUUUUGGUUUGGUUAAUCGACAAAAUCCGUCCUGAAGAAAUAGAUAAUAUAAUUUCUGCAGAAAUUCCCGAUCCGUCUAGUGAUCAAUUGCUGUUUGAUAUUGUUACAGCAAACAUGAUUCAUGGCCCAUGCGGUACUUUUAAUCGUUCAUCGCCUUGCAUGUCAGAUGAAAAAUGUACAAAAAAUUUCCCUGAAGAUUUCACUAACGAUACAAUCACAAAUGUCGACGGAUAUCCAAUAUGUCGUCGAAGAAAUUCAGAUAAUGGCGGACAAUUAUUUAUUGAAAACAUCAGCAACACAGACAUUGAUAUUGACAAUCGUUGGGUCGUGCCAUAUUCGCCCCUGCUGAGCAAAACAUACAAUGUUCAUAUUAAUGUUGAGUUCUGCAGUGACAUGGCGGUGACAUGGCGGUGUCUAGAGUGGAAAAUACCAAUGUGAAUGCUCCUCCAGUAAAUAGAAACGAUGAAAUAACGCUCUACCAAAUAGGUCGGUACAUCAGCUCCAAUGAAGCUGUUUGGCGUAUCUUUUGGUUUUCCAAUUCAUGAACGGGAUCCAGCAGUUGUUCAGUUAGCCGUUCAUCUUGAAAAUGGUCAGCGUGCAUAUUUCACGAACGAGACAGCGAUUGAUGGUGCUAUAAAUCCACCAAAAUAUACACUCACUGAAUUUUUUGAAUUGUGUAAUCGUGCGGAUGAUUUUGUUGCCUUUGCACGUACUUUACUCUAUUCACAAGUACCACGCUAUUUCACAUGGGCUCAAACAAAACAAUGGAUACCCCGCAAGCAAGGCUCACCAGUUGAUGCAUGCCCCAAUUUAUUCAAAUCAAACGCCUUGGGGCGAGUAUUUACAGUGAAUCCAAGACAGACUGAGUGCUUUUAUCUUCGACUAUUGUUGGUUAAUGUUACUGGCCCAUUGUCAUUUCAAGAUAUACGUAAAGUGAAUGGGCAACAGUAUACAACGUAUAAAGAUGCAUGCCUUGCAAUCGGCUUGCUAGAAGAUGACAAUCAGUGGGAAUGUAUGCGUGCUGAAGCAGCAUUGAACUGUACAGCAAUACAAAUUCGUCUACUAUUCGCUAUAGUGUUGACUACAUGUUUUCCAGCCCGAGCAGAGAUAUUGUGGAAUAAUCACAAAGAU